AAUUCAAACUGACACCAGGUUGGAGAGACAGGAAAAGGGGAAGAGGGAGCAAAAACCAACGUGUUCGGUGACAGACCCCGGCGCCGACUGAGCCCCAAAAGCGACUUCAGCUCUGCCCCACCAACACCACCUCGCGCCCGGGAACGGCUGCUCCGGGAAGAGACCUGAGAGGACUGCGGGGGCACGGGGGACAGCUGAGGGGAGGGAGGACACGAGAGAAACGGCGCGAGGGCGAGCACGCUGAGGGCUGGGGACUGCCAGGAGAGGGGCCCGCGGACCCGCAGAGCGGAGCAAGGUCCGGGAGAGAGCGGGGCGGGACGGAGGAGAACGCAGGACCUCCCGGAGGAAAGAGCGAAGGGAGUUCCUGAAUCCUGGGAAGAGGAGGCGUGGUAGGGACGCUAAGCCCGAGAUCCCUGAGCUGGGAACGGGAGCGCUCUGGGGGAGGGGCUUAACGCUGGGAAAGGGACGUCUUAAAAGAGGAGAAGCUUUAAAUAAAAGACGAUCGGAGGAGGCGGAGGGAAUUGCUGUGAAGGGGCGGGAGCUGAGGGGUAGAGGACUCCUUCAGACAGGAGAAAGGGAAAGCUGUUGAGAAGUUCGUUUCAAACCCCACCCGCCUCCUCUCCAAUUCAAACUCCACUCCCUUCUCCGAAAGUUAAAAGGAAAGCCAGUUUGCCGCGCUCCCCUGUUUCUACUCAAUAAAUUUUGCUUCUGCUCCUCCACCAGGAAAACAGAAAAGAACUCGUUUCCUUCCCAGUUUUAGGGCUUAGAGAAGCUCGAAGUCUCGCAACUUGGUUUUUAGCCUAGGGAAAUCAAAGUAGUAGGAGCAAUUGCUCUUGUUUCCUUUUUCAACAUCCUACACCUCAUCCUUCCUGCGACGCCAUGACUACCAACAUUUGUAGUUUCAAGGACCGGUGCGUGUCCAUCCUGUGUUGCAAAUUCUGUAAACAAGUGCUCAGCUCUAGGGGAAUGAAGGCUGUUUUGCUGGCUGAUACUGAAAUAGACCUUUUCUCUACAGACAUCCCUCCUACCAACGCAGUGGACUUCACUGGACGAUGCUAUUUCACCAAAAUCUGCAAAUGUAAACUGAAGGACAUCGCAUGUUUAAAAUGUGGGAACAUUGUAGGUUAUCAUGUGAUUGUUCCAUGUAGUUCCUGCCUUCUUUCCUGCAACAACGGACACUUCUGGAUGUUUCACAGCCAGGCAGUUUAUGAUACUGACAGACUAGACUCCACAGGUGUAAAUGUCCUCCUUUGGGGCAACUUGCCAGAGAUAGAAGAGAGUACAGAUGAAGAUGUGUUAAAUAUCUCAGCAGAGGAGUGUAUUAGAUGAAUGGAAUUAUGAUAUUAUAAUAUACAAACUUUUUUCUAUUUAAAAAUGUAUUAAUGGAUCAACUUUAAAAUUGUUAGUUUCCCAGUGAUCUUUUUUAGAAAACAAAAAUGAGGCAUUUGUUGAUGUAUUUAUUUGAUGUCUCUAAUUAAUUACCUCAGUUUGAAGCCAGUGGCAUUGUGCUUUUCUUCUAUUUCUACUUCCUCUCCCCUACAUUCUUCUGCCCUGUGUAUGUGUAUUCUUCAAUUCAGACAGGAGAAGAUUCUUUCACGUAUCACUCAGUUACCUCCCAAUCUGGGGGAGUUUUUCUUACAACUUGAUACCAGAUACCAUUAAUUUUACAUACCUGAAUAAAGGCCUAGUAUUCAGCCAUGCAUAUAUCAAGCUCAACCGAAUUUUAAUAGAGGAUUAGGAAAACAAGCUGUUAGGUUUCCAUGGGCACUCGUUCUCAUAGGUUCUGUUGGUGAUAACUGCUUUAAUAUGGAGCAAGAGUUUGUGAAUCAGCAAACAGAAUAAAUUAAAAUUAAAAUAUAUGGAGGAAUCCUCUUGAUUGCUCAGCAUGAUGUUAGAUAAAUGAGUUUGUCAGAAAAUACCAAUAUAUAUUGUUUACCAAUGUUAUUUAUUUACAUUCUUCUAAAGCCAUUAUGGAUAUUGUAUUAUGAGAGCUAAACCUAAAUAAGUUAUCCUGUUCCCUAGGGCUUUCUCUGUAAAUAGCAAAUUUUAGAAGAGUAGUCUGUCCUAAUUCGUAAAUAGAAAAAAACUGAAGAAGCGAUUUGCUUAAGCCAUUGUACAUUAUAAAGAGUUGGUUUGCUUUGCUUUGCUUUGUUUUGUUUUUUUUUAAAGCUGCACUCAGAGCCACACAGGAAUAGGAAAACGGGAUAGUGUUGGAUUCUGGUUUUAUGUAAAGCUAAAAUAAAUGUAUCUCUUUAAUAUCUCAGUUGUAGGGAUUUUGUCAAUACCAAAGCAGACUGACUUGUGCUUUUGUAAAUAAGAUUUGUUCUAAAAAUGACCAUUCUUCCUUUAAUUUUUUAUUAUACCCACUUACAUGUGAAAAUAUAGAGAAAUAGUACUUAAAGUACAGAA